AUGGCGUCAAUGUUCGAGCAGUCCCGGACGGGGACUCUCUUCCUGGGCGGCCAGAAGAUCUCAGGGGCUGACAUCCGCGACCAAAAUGUGAUUGCAACCCAGGCCAUUGCUAACGUCGUCAAGAGCUCGUUCGGGCCGAGCGGGCUAGACAAGAUGAUGGUGGACGACAUCGGCGACGUUACUGUGACGAAUGAUGGUGCGACGAUCCUCACGCUGCUAGACGUCGAGCACCCUGCCGGCAAGAUCCUGGUGGACCUGGCACAGCAGCAGGACAAGGAGGUGGGCGACGGGACGACGUCGGUGGUGCUGAUUGCGGCAGAGCUGCUGCGUCGCGGCAACGAGCUGAUGAAGAACCGCAUACACCCAACGACAAUCAUGACGGGGUACCGGCUGGCACUGCGCGAGGCGAUCAAGUACAUGAACGACAACAUCAGCAUCAAGGUGGAGCAGCUUGGCCGCGAAUCGCUGAUCAACAUUGCCAAGACGUCGAUGUCGAGCAAGAUCAUCGGGUCGGACUCGGACUUCUUCUCGAACAUGGUGGUGGACAGCCUGCUGGCGGUCAAGACGACGAACAACCGGAAUGAGACCAAGUACCCGGUCAAGGCAGUCAACAUCCUGAAGGCGCACGGCAAGAGCUCGCUGGAGUCGGUUCUGGUCAAGGGCUACGCGCUCAACUGCACGGUGGCGUCGCAGGCGAUGAAGACGCGGAUAACGGACGCCAAGAUUGCGGUGCUGGACAUGAACCUGCAGAAGGAGCGGAUGAAGCUGGGGGUGCAGAUCACGGUGGACGACCCACAGCAGCUGGAGCAGAUCCGGGCGCGCGAGGCGGGCAUGGUGCUGGACCGGGUGGACAUGAUCCUGAAGGCGGGAGCGAACGUGGUGCUGACGACGAAGGGGAUCGACGACCUGGUGCUCAAGACGUUUAUCGAGCGUGGAGCGAUGGCGGUGCGGCGGUGCAAGAAGGAGGACCUGCGGCGGAUCGCACGGGCGACAGGAGCGACGCUGCUGAGCACGCUGUCGGAUCUCAACGGCGACGAGCGAUUUGAGGCGUCGUACCUGGGCCACGCCGAAGAGGUGUCGCAGGAGCGGAUCUCGGACGACGAGUGCAUCCUGGUGCGCGGACCCAAGGUGUUCUCGGCAGCGUCGAUUAUCCUGCGCGGGCCCAACGAUUUUUCGCUCGACGAGAUGGAGCGGUCGGUGCACGACUCGCUCUCGGCCGUGAAGCGGACGUUGGAGAGCGGCGCGAUUGUGCCGGGCGGUGGUGCCGUGGAGACGGCCCUGCACAUCUACCUGGAGGAGUUUGCCGGCACGGUGGGAUCGCGUGAGCAGCUGGCGAUUGGCGAGUUUGCGCAAGCGCUGCUAGUGAUCCCCAAGACGCUGGCAGUGAACGCGGCCAAGGACGCGUCCGAGCUGGUGGCCCAGUUGCGGUCGCGCCACGCCCUCUCGCAGCGGACGCAGGAGGGUGCGGACGAGGAUGAGAAGACGCUCGCGCGCAAGAAGGGCUACAAGAACUACGGCCUGGAUCUGGCUCGCGGCCGUGUCGUCGACGAGGUCAAGCUGGGCGUGCUGGAGCCGACGAUCAGCAAGGUGCGCCAGCUCAAGAGUGCGGUCGAGGCCUGCAUCAGCAUCAUGCGCAUCGACACGCUGAUCAAGCUGGACCCGGAGCAGCGGGAGGACGACGGACACGGCCAUUAG